AUGAGCGCGGGCGCGAAGGUGUUCUUCAAAAAGGUGGGCUUGCCGGCCAUCGGCUUCGGCAUCGGCUGGGCGGGCUUCACGGUUGUCGAGCAGAGCGGCUUGUUGAGCGAGCCGAUGCAGCGCUGGCUCAAUGUGCACAAUCUCAAACUGCAGCUCUACACCCAGUGCCUGCUGCCGACCUCGGUGGUGGAAAAGUACGGCUACCCAGAGGACAGGCUGCGGUCCAUAAUCGAAUUCCUGGAAAAGGGUUACAAUGAGUCCGAGGUGGCAGAACGCAUGACCUUCGAUGAGGUCUUGAGGCAGUGCGCCGUGCCGGAGCAGUUGGCGUACCUGGAGGAGCACGCGUCGGAAGAGAUUCCGUACUUUUACAUUGCGGACAUCUUUCAUUCCUGGGCAAACCUGAACGUCGACAGCUUCGUCCGGCAGCAGCCGCAGUCGCCCGCGGAAACGGCGACGGACGCUACGACCUCCACGUCUGCGGUCGCGAGCGCUGCCACUUCUCCCCCACUUGUCCUCCGCAACGAUGAUGCGUUUGACUCGGAGGUGCUGUGUAGCUCACUGUGGGAGAAGAUGAUUCACAAUGUCAUUCCAUUCGACGUGGCUAUUCGUGCUCUGUGCGUCUUGGUUGUGAACAAUUGCGCCAAUGCGCGGCGUCUGGCGCGGAUGUCAUCGCCGGAGCGCGUGGUCGAGCUGUACAGCGAGUACACGGACAAGAUCCAAGCGGAUCAACGGCAAGGCAUCGGGCCCGAUGUGGUGUCCCCCAAAGAGGUCACCGCCGCCACACUUUUCUUUCUGCGCGCUGUCAACGACGCCUCGGUUCACAGGCGGUGGAUUCCGCUGCUGGGGGCAUUUAGGCCAGACCCAUACCCACUUGCACGGAAGGUGUCGCCCGAGUUGUGGUGCCGUGCCUUUGGCAACCUCACACCAGCAGUGACAGGCGCGACGUCCGAAACGGCGGUGGUACUGGCAGAUGUCAUAAAUGAGCGGCUUCGGUGCGUCGAGCUGCGUAAGGUCGAGGCGGCGCCGUGA